GGGCUCCAGAAGAUUGAGUCAGAGCAAGACCGAGAGCAGCAAGACCAAGAGCAUCUCGCCUAAAGACUUGCGCCAGCAUCUGAAGAUAAGAGCAGUAAAGAACAGUGAAACCAACAGGUGUGAGCUCCAUCCUCCGUCCGUCUUCCAUCCAUCCAUCCGACGUCCUCACCACCCACCCAGAGAAGAGAAGCAUGAACGUGGACACAGCGCUGUGGUGGGUCCUGGUAGGUCUGAUCCUAGCCAUGGCUGGGGUGGGUCAGUGUCUGCAGGAGGAGAGGGGUGUGGAGAACAACAAUCUGCCAGGGGAAUCAGCAGAGGCGCUGGAGGGCGAGCACGUGGAAGGGUUUAACGAGUUGGACGAUCGUCUCCUAGCCGCUGUGAUUCACUCUCUGCUCCAGAGAGACACCAGGAACCCCUCCGUUCUCCACCAGCCUCAGAGGUUUGGUCGUGACAGCAGAGGAGACUUGAUGAUAGGGGACAGGAUACAGUCCAGAGACUGGGAGCAGGCUCCAGGACAUAUCUGGGGCAUGGCUGUGCCGCAGAGAUUUGGCAAGAAAUAGGCUUUGGUUGAGACUCAACAUCUCACUCGCAUCUCUGCUGGUAAUAAAGAAUUUGGUUCAACACCCAGCAAAUAUAGGUUGAAAGUAAAAUAUGGACUCAUACAUUAUCCAGUAGAUAAAUGUUCUCUCUCCCUAACCUGCUGAGUUCCAUUCCAUUAAGCUGUACAGAACUAGGAGAUCUUGCUUGGAACCUAGUAAAAACCCACCACUUCUCUCAGAUUUUAGCAGUGCUGAUUGGUGCAUAUUGGAAAUCUGGGAGAAAGUUGAAAACAGAGUAGGUGCGCUUGAUUCAUCACGCCACAUAUUCGGGCGACCUGAAUCAAGUGCACCUAAAGUUAGAGCUGCUGUUAAUUGGCUGCGUACUUUUGAUCGUUGCUCUGCCAUUCUCUGUUUAACCAAUA